AUGGCUUUAGGUUACUUCUUCAAAGCAGCACUUCUUCUUAGUAUAGUGUUCCACUUGGUUAUAUCUCCAUACACCAAGGUGGAAGAAAGUUUCAACAUUCAAGCAAUCCAUGAUAUUUUGAACUAUGGAAUUUGGCCUGAUGGUUUAGCGAAUUAUGAUCACAUCUCGUUUCCUGGUGUAGUACCACGAACUUUCAUAGGAAGUCUCGUUGUUUCGGGGAUUGCUUACCCUAUUAUCAAGGUAUUUGGGUUGUUUGGGUUAGAUUUGUUAGAAGGGGAUCAACUGGAAGUUCAAUUAUUGGUCAGACUCAUUAUUGGUCUUUGUAAUGGUUGGAUGAUUAUCAAGCUUGCAUCAAGUUUGAAAGACAUUGAUUUCGUUUCUAAGAGGUCGAGAGAGAAAUCAGUUCUUGGUGAUUGCUUUGUAUUCUUAAUGGUGACACAAUUCCAUAUUUUAUACUAUUCCUCAAGAACCUUACCUAACUUUCUUGCCUUACCUUUAGUUAACCAUGCUUUGGGAAAACUUUUGAAAGGUGAUCUUUCAGGAUUGACAUGGUUAGCAUUUGUGGGUAUUGUCUUCCGUAUUGAGGUUGGAGUUUUAGCUGUAGUUAUAGCUGUUAUUUCUAGUAUUGGAUUCGGUCAAUCGCUGAUUUUCAUUAACUUAUUAAUGUUGUUCGCUGGUACCAUUGCUGGGUUGGCUUUAUCUUUCUCAGUAGAUUCAUAUUUCUGGGGAGAAUUGACAAUUCCUGAAUUGGUGUCAUUGAAAUACAACGUAGUGGAUGGGAAAUCUGCCAAUUGGGGGGUCGAACCUUUCAAUGCCUAUUUUUCAGUUUAUUUGACUAAACUUUUCAGACCUCCUAUCAUUUUAUACCUUUCAGCCUUUGGUUUCAUGUCUGACCCUUCCACUGAAACUCUGCCAGUAGAAAAACCAGGGGACAAAGUCACGAGACCUUCCAAGAAUUCUAUCAGAAUCUUAAUGCUGUCUGCUCUUAUUUAUAUUCUCAUCAUGUCUUUCCAAGGCCACAAAGAAUUGAGAUUUAUCAUUUAUACUGUACCUAUAUUCACUAUGUCCGGUGGUAAUGCUUUGAGUGGGUUCAUCAGGAAAUCUAAAGGUUCAUUAUCAACAAAAUUAUUGGUGUUCUUGAUUAUAGCUGUAUCUUUAGCAGCCAAUUUGUUAUCCAUAUUUUCUGGUUACAUCUCCAGUUUCAAUUAUCCAGGUGGUGAAGCAUUAGAAUUCGUUAAUGAAUACGUCAGCCAAUCCAAUGAACCUUUAAUUGUUCAUAUGGAUGUAGCCACAUGUAUGACAGGUGUCACAAGAUUUGGAGAAUUACACGAUGACUUCAUUACUUAUGAUAAGACUGAAGAUUCACAGAAAUUGAAUGAAAUAUGGAAUGCUGUUGAUAUCUUGGUGACUUCUCAUCCUAUUGAAGAGUAUAAGAACGAAGAUGUCAAUGACUGGAAGAAAUUGAAAGCAGUCAAAGCUUUCAAAGGUUAUAGUUUGUACCCUAUUAUGCUUUUGAUCCAAAAACAUAGAUCUCCUAAAGAUUUGGCAGGUUUCUUUAUGGAUUUAGUAGUGGAAGCUUACCACACAAAAGACCUCACACAAUUGAAAGAGAUUUUGAACUCUCCAAUUGUUCUCACAGACUACAUCUUUGUUUAUGAAAGAGUUGGAAAGACAGAGUUCUUGAAGGUCGAAGAAGACAAGGAGGUAGAUGAAGUGGUAGAGGAACCAGAUUUCGAUAAACUCAAAGACGAAUUGAACGAACAGAUCGAUAGCAUAGAAAAUUAA